CUCUCUCUCUCUCUCUCUCUCUCUCUCUCUCGUACAAAAAAGGUGGGCAAUCCCUUCCCCCCAUUAUCUUGCACAGAGUUAGAGAUAUGGAUUCAUAUAUAUAGAGAGAGAAAGUGAGUGAGAGAGAGUGUGUGGCCCCCCCUUAAUUGCACACAACACAAUACAGACAGUUUGUGAAUAGUGACUUGUGAGGGUGCGGGUUUCUUUUGCAUUGGGGUGGGAGGCACAUCACACCAUUGAGACCCAGUUGUGAUUAGAAGAUGCCUAGGCCAGGGCCAAGACCUUAUGAGUGUGUGAGGAGGGCCUGGCACAGCGAUAGACACCAACCCAUGAGAGGUUCAAUCAUUCAACAGAUUUUCAGAGUUGUACAUGAGAGUCACGGCCCUGUUACUAAAAAAAACAAAGAAUGGCAAGAGAAAUUACCUGUUGUGGUAUUGAGAGCAGAGGAAAUCAUGUACUCCAAAGCCAAUUCUGAGGCUGAGUAUAUGGAUCUUGAAACACUUUGGAACCGGGUUAAUGAUGCGAUUAAUACAAUCAUCAGGAGAGAUGAGAGCACUGAAACUGGUGAUCUCUUGCCGCCUUGUGUUGAAGCUGCCCUUAAUUUGGGUUGUGUUCCAGUAAGAGCAUCCCGAAGCCAACAACACGCGAGUCCAAGAAGUUACCUCGGCUCAAGAACUCAAGAACCUGGUUGUAUACCUCCUCAAAUUUUGAAUAACACUACCGUUGAGCGAAGCCCGCAGUUACUACCGGCCCACUCUGGAAAUCAAUUAACCCCCGUGAGACCUGUGGCCGUGAAUUCAUCCCAUUUAGUUAUAGAAUCUACCCAAAAUGUAAUGCAAAAAAAUCGAAACAACCCCACUAGUUCAUGCAAUUUUCCUUUGCCAUCUGUGGAAGUUCCUCCUUCUAGCAACAAUCGGUUUAUGCCAUGGGAAAGUAACAAAUCACAAAACUUGGGUUCGGUUUAUCCCUUGUACUACGGCCCCCAUUUUCAACCUGAAAUGGCCAUGCCCCAGAUGGGCUUUCAAGUCCCAAGAAACCCAAAUGCCAUAAUUGUUGGUACUCCGGUUUUUCAAUCAAUGACGGAGCCUGCUAAAAUGGGUUGCUUGCAAAACCUAUUUUCCUGUGAGAAAGAUGAAAGUGCAUCAAACAGAGUCAGUCAAGCUGAUUUCAGAAACAACCAUGAGAAGGCACCCGAAACAGGCUUUGAUUUAUCCUUGCGGUUGGGUUUGUUUAAAGAUCCGUGUAUGAACCCGGAAAAAGUUUUGGCUCAUGAAACUGAUAAUGUUGGUUUAAGCAGUUUGUCUCCUCAUCGCAACAAGGAGUUUUCAUUCUUUCCCGUGGAGACUACUACUGAUAAUCCCUUGGAGUGUCAUAAAAGUCGGUGGAAUUUUGAGGGUGAAGAUCAGAAUGCAGAAGCAGCAAUUAGGAAGCGCAAGGCACCGUUUAAUAACAACACGGAGGAUGAGCUAUUUUUCUCGCAACCGGAGCUUAGGUCCAACCAGUUUACUGGUCGAAUGAAAAGGCCAGGUUUGUAGACAAUCUUUUUGCAUUGUAUCAUCCAAUUUUUGAGAAAAAAAAUCUGAGUUGCCUCGGUAUAUAUCGUUGGAGAUUUCUUUGGAGCCUAUAUAUUCAUGUACAUUUUGAUUC